UCUACACAUUCUUUGUUAUACAAGUGUCCUAGAAAAUACUUUAGUUUACUGUAAUUUUACUGUAACGUUAAAAAUAUUUGUUUUCUUAUGGGUUGCAUCAGAAUGUAGAAAAUAUCCUAUCAGUGAACUUUCUUUUUCUCAAAAUAUGAAAACUCCCAGAUAACAAAUGUGAGCAGUGGGAGGCCCUGAAAAAUAGUUAAUGUGCAAGCAGGCAAACAGACAAAAGGUGAAAGCAGAAAUGCUUGAAUGUAGGCCUAACUACUUUCCCACAAUACUCUAAUUAAGACAAAGCAGAGGGAUUUGGGAAUCAUGUCAGAUCAAACUUGGAAAGUUAAAUACAUCUGAAGUGACCAAAUUCUGGUCAUAUUUCUUGAAACACAGUUGAGAGGAGGAAACGAUACAGAUACAGAGAUAAAUGACAAUGGGGAAAUUUAGUGCUAUUUCACAAUGAGGAAGCAAAUCGCUGAUUUGGGGGGAAAUGUAUGGGAUUAUAAUCGCGGAUUUUGCCUUCAAUCGUAGGUGUCUGUAUGGCAGGAGAUUUUAUGUCCACUUCACACUCCGGCACAGUAGGUGGGGGAAAUUUACCAUUUGAUUUGUCAACGGAAAAUACUUUUACCAGAAGAAGUUUUUUUACAGACUGCUUGGAAGUUUAACUUUUUGCACAUUGUACAGGCGAUUUUCUGUUGCUAAAAUGCCUUUAGAUUCAAGAGUGGUCUUGCAAAUUCUGCCCGGGCUGCGCAGUUAUUUUGACCAACCUGUCCAUGUGAAAGUCUCUGGUCUUUCCCCGGAUCAGACUGUGGAGCUGCGUUCCAAACUUAUUGACGAUAAAGGCAUCACCUUCCAAGCUUCUGCCAUUUUUUGCUCAGACAAAAAUGGUGAGAUUGACCUAGAUACGUGUCCAUCUAUGGGUGGUAGCUAUAGUGGUACUCAGGCGAUGGGACUGUUUGUGUUCAUGAGACCUGUAGUGCCACAUCAUAAGAUAAUCAAGAGGGAUGCAUCGACGUCUUUAUGUGUUGAUAUUGACCUGAUCAGCAAUGGACAGGUCCUUGCCCAAAAAAAACUCGAGAGGUGCUUUAUGGCGGACGGGGUGCUAAAGGUUCCUGUUGAAAACGAAGGUAUAAGGGGUACACUGUUUCUGCCACCAGGACCUGGACCAUUCCCUGGUAUUCUGGACAUGUAUGCCUUAGGUGCUGGCUUGCAUGAGCUUCGAGCAAGCUUGUUAGCAAAUAAAGGGUUUGCGGUCAUGGCAUUGGCAUAUUAUGGCUAUAAGGAUUUGCCUAAAGCCACAACUAAACUUGACCUUGAGUACUUUGAAAAGGCUGUGACAUUGUUGCACACUCAUCCCAAGGUAAAGGGACCAGGCAUAGGGAUCCUCUCCAUCUCCAAAAGUGGGGAUCUAGCGUUUGCAAUAUCAGCAUUCCUUCCUGGAGUCGCAGCAAUUGUCUCCAUCAAUGGCUGCAAUGCCAACACCCAGUUUUCUCUCCAUUACAAAGAUAUGGUCAUCCCUCCCACCAAAAUGGACCUUAAGAAUGUUACUGUCACAGCUGAUGGACUUCUGGAUGUAAGGGACGUAGUUCUAGAUCCUAUGAUGGAAGAGAACCAGGCCUCUGUGAUUCCCAUUGAGCGUGCAAACGGCCACUUCAUGUUUGUGGCGUCUGAAGACGACAGGAACUGGAACAGUGUUUUAUUCAGCGAACAGGCUGCUCAACGGCUUCGAGAUCAUGGGAAAGAGAACUUUGAGGUGGUGAGAUACCCGAAGGCAGGUCACUUCCUGGAUGUUCCCUACAUGCCCCACUGCCCCAGCAGUUUCCACCCAGCUGUGGGCAGAGUGGUGGUGAUGGGAGGGGAGCCUAAAGCUCACGCUGAGGCCCAGGUUGAUCUGUGGAAGAGGGUCCAGGAGUUUUUCAGGAAGCAUUUAAACAGUGAUCAUUCCAGUUUUAAAGCCAUGCUGUAGUGUGUUUUAGAAUGUGUACAAGUUAGUCUGUCCAUUUUCCCGUUUCACUGAAUGAUGUAGGGCCUUAAAUAUAGGCUUGGUGAAUGCACUUGUAUAGAUUCGCUUGAGUGUGUAUGUAAUUGUAAUGACAUUUACUUUUACUAACAGGUGGUGUGGUAAAUAGAUAUUUAGUAGGUUGUUUCUGCCUUUCUGUCUUAUGUUUUCAGUAAAUCCCCAAAAGCCAGGUCACUUCAUGAGUGUGUACUCAGUUGAGCACUGCUGUACUAUACAGAGACUGACACAGAAAUUCUAAAUGUUAUUCUAGAUUUCUGCAAAGGGUUCUCUCGGACUUAAGGGUACCUUCAAUAGAGAUUCACCUGUUUAAAGCCAAACUCAGUCUUGGUGAUACAUUAGUCUGUCUGGAGAAGCACACCUAACUUUGUAAGAGCAGGGACCACAGGCACAAUCAACUGGGUAAGCAUUGACACUGCACAGUGCCUACAGAUAGAGCAGUUCUGGUGUGAGAGGCAACAGACCAGUCUAUUCCAACUAAGCCAUUGACUAAGACAUGGACAUUAACUAUUUAAAUUUAUUAAAUAUAUUAUAGUUAUAGGUUUAUAAGGUUUUCUGAUGGCACUUCUCCUGUACCAGGAUUUUUCAUAAUUAUGUAUUCAUUUUAACAAAAUCGCUUUGACUUAAAACAUAAACCUCUGCACAAAGAAAUAUGUCUAUUAUGCUUUAAUGCACUUUCAUAUCUAUGGAGGCCGUAUGAAAGUUACAAGAGUGAAGAUUGGUUUCCAGUGAACAAUAUCUCUGUCCUGGGAAUGAAUCUACAAAGAGUUCAGCGUGUGGUGCUCAAAAAUAAAUGUAUCACAAUGUUGGGUGAUGCAGGUGUUUGAAAAUUUGGACAGUGAAAUAAUAAAUAGAUAAAGCAAGCUA